CGACCAACACUUCAUCCUCAUAGACGACAGUCUCUCAGGCCUGGCCGGCUCCAUUAUAGAGCUCAAGUUCCAAGCUCACUUUCCUGGAGCCCAGCCAGUGGUCACUGCCGCUGCUAUCAAUGGAGAACCCAUCUGUGACGGAGCCUGGACCACUGUACCUCCCCUGCAGGACCCGUGUGAUCCCACCGGCAUGAUGCCUUACGACUAUGCUCAGGUGUUGUGUAUGGGAAUCCUCUUCUACGAGGCUGAGAGGUCUGGCUACCUGCCUGCUGAUCAGAGAAUCACUUGGAGGUACGACUCUGCUCUCGGCGACGGCUCCGACGUGGGUCACGACCUCACUGGUGGAUACUAUGACGCUGGAGACCACGUCAAGUUCGGCUUCCCCAUGGCCUUCACUGCCACUAUGAUCGGCUGGGGGCUCAUUGAUUUCGCUGACGGAUAUAAGUCUGCAGGUCAGGUAGAGUACGGACAAGCAGCUCUCAAGUGGGCCACGGACUACUUCCUCAAGGCCCACACUGCCCACUGGGAGUUCUAUGGGCAGGUAAAACAACAACAAAUAUUAUUUUAUUUCAGAAGUUUCUUGUCUCUUUCAUGGAUGAGAUGUUUGUAUUUUUAUGAAGAAAGACCAGAGACAGAGUACAGUCUAGAAAGAGAUAACCCAGGUUCCGAACUGGCUGGUGAGACCGCCGCCGCUCUCGCUGUCACCUCCAUCGUCUUCAAGGACGUAGAUGCAGCCUACUCCGCUGAGGUACUGGAUGUCGCCAAGGAGCUGUACGAGUUCGCUGACGCCAAGCGAGAACAUUACCACAUCUCCAUCCCUGACGCAGCAGGUUAUUACCAGUCGUGGAGUGGGUACUACGACGAGCUGUUGUGGGCAGCUCUAUGGCUCUACCGAGCCACAGAUGACGCCACGUACCGACAGGCUCGCGGUCAUUACGCUGAGAUCCCUGUCACACCAAACAACCGCCUCGAGCAGUUCUCCUGGGACGACAAGAGGGCCGGUGCCUUCAGCUUGGGAACACUGCUGGACCCGGAGUUCACAUCGUACGCCACAGACAUCCAGACUUUCCUCGACUGGGUGAAACACGAGGCGCCCUACACCCCAGGUGGUCUUGUUUACCUCGACACCUGGGGACCAAAUCGUCACGCAGCUAACGUGGCCUUCCUUAUGUUCUGGAACGCAAACCAGGGUCUGGACGCUGCGGAGAACCGCCAGUGGGCCCAGGGACAGAUUGGCUACAUCUUGGGAGACACUGGCCGCUCCUUCGUGAUCGGCUACGGUCAGAAUUACCCCAAGAGGCCUCACCACCGCUCCAGUUCGUGUCCAUCACUGCCGGGUACCUGUCAUGACGGGUGGGCUGAGAAACAGGAUGGACCUAACCCCCAGACCCUCUAUGGUGCCCUCGUCGGUGGUCCUGGCGCGAAUGACGAAUACACUGAUGAUCGCAUGGACUACGUCCACAAUGAGGUCGCCUGCGACUACAACGCAGCCUUCGUCGGGGCUCUUGCAGCCUUGGUCGAGCUCAACUAAGAAUACCGGCAGGAAGGAAUGAUGAAUGAAGAGAAGCUCUUUUCAAAUUAAUUUUCUUUUGUUUUCCAAGGGGAUCUUUGUCAACCACAUGCCAGUACUCCACUACAAGUAUGUCAGCUUGUCAGAGGUCCUCCACGAUUUCCUGAAUAAAGUGAAAAGUAAAUCCA